CAAAGCAGGGUUUCCUGAAGGACUGCUUCUCCACAUUUUCUAAGGGAACUCCUCCUUCUCUGCAGUAUACCCACUCCUAUCCUCAGAACACCCUGGCCUCAUCGUCAUCCCAGUUUUUCACGCAGAAACCAAAUCAAGCAGAUCCCUCAACAGAGACCAUUGAUCACCAGCAGGAUAAUUUCAAAUCCCGACGCAGAGGAAAAUACUGGCUGAAGGAGAAUAGUCAAUGGCAGCAGACCCAUAAUCAUUUCAAGCUUAAAGAGCAUAACCUACCACCAGUAUUGACUUCUGAAAAACCAGAACCUUCGCUCAAUAUACCUAUGAAAGGCAAUGAGUCAAGUGAAGUUAGGCAGCUCUUGGUUUUGUCUCAACCUCAGGACCAGCAGCAACCUCCCAUAGAAACGCAACACCAAUGGAUGUUAAGGAAUGGUGCGAAUGAGGGUGGAGUACAUUGUGGGAGCCAACAACCUUCCUUACACCAGCAUCUACAUCAAGACCCUGAAUGGCAGCAUUGUUGUGACCAUUUUAGCACCCUAAAAUGCCAUCAGUCUUCUCUUUACCCAUCCAGCAGCCCACGAGUGAAUAAUUCAUCCGCGGCUACUAGCAACAAAAGCAGUGUUCACUCCUCUUCCAGUUGCCAUCGGUGGCCUGAGAACCAUAGUCAAGUGGGGAAAAGGCAACGACAAAGAGAGCAGAAGGUACAUCCUCAUACCAAAAAGGUUGGCCAUGUUGGAUCAAUGACUUCCCUGCCCAAGAGCAGUGGCCCACUCCUUCCCGACACAGUUGUGACCAGCGCUAAAUACAGUGGGGAUGUUGGAAGACCCCCGAACAGCCUUGGAGCUUCGCCACCAAACCUUUCAGAGCUGGACUCAGAGAGACAAGAGCCCCUUCAGACACUCCAAAGGUCUGUCUUGGAGGAGGUGUUCUCGAAAGGCUUCAGCGAGAACAACAGUAAGGCCAACAGUGAAGGAGGAAGCGACACGCCACAGAAGAGGACCAAGGACAUUGGCUAUAGAUUGAGCCAGCGUAAGGCACUCUUUGGAAAGCGCAAACAGUUGAGCGACUAUGCCUUGAUCUUUGGGAUGCUUGGGAUCGUCAUCAUGGUGAUGGAGACGGAAUUGUCCUGGGGGGUUUACACGAAGGAAUCCUUAUACUCAUUCUCUCUGAAAUGCCUUAUCAGCCUUUCAACUGCUAUAUUGCUCGGACUAAUCAUGAUGUACCAUGCACGGGAAAUACAGCUCUUCAUGGUGGAUAAUGCAGCUGAUGACUGGAGGAUUGCCAUGACUUAUGAGCGGAUCUUCCUAGUUCUGCUGGAGCUGCUGGUCUGUGCCAUCCACCCCAUCCCGGGUCAGUAUGUCUUCACCUGGACGGCCCGGCUGGCCUUCACCUACAUGCCCUCAGUAACUGAUGCCAACGUGGACAUCGUCCUCUCCAUCCCCAUGUUCCUCAGGCUCUACCUGAUCAGUCGCGUCAUGCUGCUGAACAGCAAGCUCUUCACAGACGCCUCGUCGCGCAGCAUCGGCGCAAUUAACAAGAUCAACUUCAACACGCGCUUUGUCAUGAAGACUCUCAUGACCAUCUGCCCCGGCACCGUGCUGCUGGUCUUCAGUGUCUCCUGUUGGAUCAUCGCCUCAUGGACAGUGCGCAUCUGUGAGAGGUACAGGCCCCGCCCCCAACACAGUAGGCUGUAUAUUUCUUGUUCUUCCAGAUAUCAUGACACACAGGAAGUGACCAGUAACUUCCUUGGGGCCAUGUGGCUCAUCUCUGUCACCUUUCUCUCCAUUGGUUAUGGAGACAUGGUCCCUCACACUUACUGUGGAAAGGGUGUCUGUCUGCUGACUGGAAUCAUGGGGGCCGGCUGCACUGCCAUGGUGGUUGCUGUAGUUGCGAGGAGGUCAGAGUUGACCAGAGCUGAAAAGCACGUUCACAACUUCAUGAUGGACUCUCAGCUAUACAAACAAGUGAAAAACACAGCUGUCAAUGUACUCAGGGAGACAUGGCUGAUCUACAAACACACGAAAUUAGUCAAGAAGAUCGAUCACGCCAGGGUACGCAAACAUCAGCGGAAAUUCCUGCAAGCCAUUCACCAAUUGCGCAGAGUCAAAAUGGAACAGAGGAAACUCAUCGACCAGGCUAAUACACUUGUGGAUCUAGCCAAGACUCAGAAAAUGAUGCAUGAUCUGGUGUCUGAUCUGCAGCGGCGCAGCAAGGAGCUGGAUAGGAGGAUCGGUAGUCUGGAUGACAAACUGGACUCCAUCCUAGUCAGUCUGCAGACCCUACCCAGCCUGGUCUCCCAGGCCGUCACACAGCAGCACAGAGACUUUCUGGAUGGCUUGGCCCCCUGUGUUCAGACAGCCUCGAAGGGCUCCGAGGACAAUUGGGUUCCCACCAGGCGCAAACGUUCCCCCUACACUGCACCACAGACCAUAUCUUACAGCUGACAGCCUGCCAGCGCCAUCUCCACUGUUGUGACCUCUUAUUAUGUAUUUAUUUAAUAUUGUAUUUGAUACUAGCCAGGGACAUUCUAGCCUAUGUAUGAAUUUGAGAUUGGUUCGAUAUCUCCAGCACCAUCCCUCAGCUGUUUACCAAAACAAGUAACAGGGUGGCCGAUUUGAAGGUUUUCAGAAUCCCAAAUUCCUGCCUGUGUACCUGGGUCAUUCUUGAAUUGCGGUGGAAUUUGGGUAUGGCAUUUUGGAAAACAAUUUACUUAAUUUGAGGUUAAUUUUUAUUUAUUUGGGUGUUAUAUCUUUUGUAACACCAAUGACACCAAAUGAUCAAUGGAAUUCUCAAACAUGUCAUACUAAAGUGUGAUUAGCUAAUAACUGUCUUUAACCCCCUAAAGUCUAAUUAGUAUAGUAAAA